AUGCUAAGGCACACCAGAAACAAAUGUUUACUGAUAAUACCAAGGCGUUAUUUAUUUGUGCCUAGUAACAGUUUUACUGAUUCAAAGAAAAAGAAUGUGAUACGAGCCAAGCCAAGAGUAAAGUCUACACCUAAGAUUAUGGAAGAUGAAGCUCAUCAAAAGAAACCACAAAUUGAUAAAUCACUUAUUGCAAAGGCAAAGAAAGAUUUAAGGGAACUUCGAAGUUUAGCAAAAGAUGUGUCAGAGUAUAUCGAGCCAAAAGAUAUUGACUCUUUAACAACAACGAAGAAGAUCUCAACGGAAUUGCCACCUAUUGAUAUCGAUGAGGCUACGGAAGAUAUAUUUCAAGAAAUUUCUGAUCUGAAGGGCAAAAUGAAGAAACAUCCAAAAGCAUUACCACCUAGUUUAUCAUUCCCAGAGAAAAUCAAUCAAAGAUUAGGCUUGGUCUCGGAUUUAUUGGUUCUGAGAGAAUCCACUUCUAAUUUACCAGAAAAGACUCGAAACGAUAAAUGGAAUAUUUUAUUGACACAGUUGAAUGCAGCUGGUGGAUUCAAAGAGUUGUCAGAAGUAGAUAUAAGACUGUUUGUGAAUAAGAUUCCAUUACGAUCUUUAAGAAAUCUAAUCCCUUUUAUCGAAAAUAUGUACCAUGAGGCAGGGGUGUCAGUGCAUUACAAUACUUAUUACUCGUUUAUUAGAGCAUUGUCAUUAGGAGCUUCGAUCUCAGAUACACAGAUACAAGUUAUUGAAGGUUAUUUCAAUGAAAUUGAAAAACAAACAGAGUUGAAAAUGGAUCAUUAUGAAACAAAGAUUGCCGUAUAUGUUAAAAACAAGAACAAGAAAAAAAUCGAAGAGGUCUUAGGAGUCAUGAAAGCUAAAAAUUUGCCACUUCUGAAGUCAAUAUACAAGUCAAUUUUAUCAAGUUAUGUUUACUAUACUAAGGAUCACCGUCGGGCUAUAGAAGUCUUUGACUCAAUGAAGUUUUUAUCCGAGUCAACCAAACCAGAUGCAAAAGUUUACGCUCAGAUUAUUAUUUCCUGUAUGAUGAAUGAUGACAUUGAUAAGGGAUUGGAUUUAUUACAAGAAAUGAGAGAUAAUAAUGUCAAACCUAAUCAAAGCAUUUUAUCUGCCUUGGCUAAAGGAUGUGCUAGAAGUCGACAACACAAGUUUCAGGCUUGGAACCAUUUAUUCCAAAUUUACGAAUAUGGAUGGACGCCUACUUUGCAAACCUUUGAACAUAUGCUUUAUAUUUCUGCUAAAGAUGGUGAUGUUGAGUUGACUAGAGCCCUUUUCUACAAAAUGUUGGAAACCAAUUCGGUUACUCCUAGUGCCUUUAUCUCAUUGAUGCUAGCCUAUGCAAAUUACCAAUCCCCUACAUCAAGAACUGAACCAUUCUUGGUUUCCUUGACUGAAAAUGGUAGACUAUUCAAGCAAAAUAUUAUGGCCAAUGUUGAUUUUAGCAAACCCAUUCACGGGUUCCCAUUUUUACCAACAUCAAGAAUUCCAGAUGGUAAAUUCAUAUUGGCCGAGUCAAGUGCCAUUUGGGCGUAUACUAUAAUGCAUAAUCCAAGUUUUGUUAAUAAUCCCCAUGUUGCUGCUCCAUACUUGAACAUUGCUUACGAACUUGGUGAAUUCAAUGACUUCAAAGAUAGGUUGAAUGAGAGCACUUAUUUGAAUGAUGAAGGUAUUCCUAAAGUCAGAGAAAUUGAAAUUAUUGAACCAAAUGAAGAGACCGAGUCACCAGAUUCAGAAUUACAGGUUGUUGAACCUAAUGAAAAUGAUACAGGCCUUGUUAAGUCACCAAUUCUUAAUAAAUUACUGGGACAUCUCAAAGACAACAGACAUAAAGCACCAAGAGAUUCUAUGAUUUAUCAAAUCGCACUUGACGCCGCUGGCAAGUUUAAGAAAUUUGAUUUUGCACAAGAAAUAAUCAAAGAAAGAGGUCAGUUUAGAAAAUCAAACAUGUUUAAAAAAUUAUCAUCAAAGGAGCAAACUAAACAAGAUUUCCAAUUUGCUGAGAAAUUAGUCUAUUGUUAUGUCAAGAUGAAUUUGAUAGAAGAUGCCUAUUCAGUAGUACUACUGUCUGUUGACAGGUUCCCAUGGGGUUGGAAACAAUUGGUUCCACUUAAUACCGCUGCUAUAAAUCUUGGAAGUUCAGAAUUGGCAGCUGCCGUUAGAAAAAUUGCUCAAAGUAACCAAGUUAAACAUCACGGUAAAAUAAAAAGUAACGAUUAUAAAAAAUAUGUAAUGAAGAGAGGCUACUAA